AUGGCGGACCCCGAAAAGAGUGAUGCAUGCGUGCUAGCAUCCCCGGCCGAGGCAGUUUGCCCUCCAUCCGGCCCCAAUGAUGCCGUUGCCUCAGAUAACGAGAAAGUGGUGAAGAAGAGGGUGCCCAAAAAGCCCACUCACAGGCGCAAUAUCUCUAUCACUCUGGAAGAUCUGGAGGCGCAGACUAAUUCCGACCUCCCGCGGAAACGGUUUGCGUAUUUGCGGUAUGCCGUGUUCACAAUGUACCGGAGGCUCUUCACGGUCGUGUUUCUGAUCAACUUGGCGUGCUUCAUCUAUGUGAUGGUCUCUCAUCGACAGAUUCUGCCACUUGUGAAUGCAACAGCAGUAAACUUGGUCGCGUGUGGUCUCGCCCGUCAUCCAGUAGUAGUCAACUGCAUCUACAGAGUGGUGUGUUCGCUUCCUAGGUCGGCACCACUUUUCAUGCGCCGCAUGGCGGCGAAGGCAGCCCACUACGGUGGCGUUCACAGCGGCUGUGGCACUGCAUCUUUGGUGUGGUACGCGGGCUUUGUUGGUGUCGCGUCCAAAAUGUACUGGACGUCAACUCCAAUUAGUUCCAUAACGGACCACACAUUCUCAACAGCCCCGAUCGCAGUCGCCUAUGUGAUCCUUGUGCUUCUGCUGGUGAUGAUCGUGGUAGCAUACCCCGUUUUCCGCCGGAAAAUGCAUGACUACUUCGAGCUCACUCACCGCUUCACUUCAUGGCUCAUUCUGGCUCUGUUUAUUGUCUUGGUGAUGCUCUUUGCCAACGAUAUCGGGAGGGCGGAAGAGAAGUCCUUAGGCUAUGCCCUAGUCACGCUCCCGGCCUUCUGGCUCUUGAUCGCUGCCGUGGUUGCAAUAGCCCACCCAUGGUUGCUUUUGCGCAGGAUUCCGGUACAGACAGAUGCUCUCUCUCCGCACGCGAUCCGACUACACUUCAGUCACACGCCAAUCAGCUUUGCGAAAGGCAUUCAAGUGUCGAAGCACCCUCUCCGCGACUGGCACAGUUUUGCCGGCUUCCCAGACCCUUCUGAAUCACUUGAAAACAUCAAGAGAAUCCCAACUGAGCCUUCUGGCCCCACCCGACCCCCCGGGGCCUACAAAAAGGGCCACAGAAGGAAUCAAGAGAGUUGGUCUAUUGUGGUGUCGAAGGCAGGAGAUUGGACGGCUGAUACAAUUAGCAAGCCGCCUACCCAUGUAUGGAAACGCGGGGCCCUAAUGCGUGGCGUUGGCUACGGUCUACGCCUUUUCCAUCGCAUCAUUAUCGUGACCACAGGAUCUGGAAUUGGGCCGUGCCUCGGGUUUCUGGGCGAUGAACGCCGCCCAUUGAUCAAGGUCGUCUGGCAGACCCGUAACCCAGUCAAAACAUACGGCCAGGGUGUGAUUGAUCUCGUCCAUCAAAUGGGGCCAGAUCCAAUUAUUUUGGACACCUCUCGGGAUGGCCGUAUUGACAUGCUCCCUAUCGUCCGACAACAAGUGGAAGAAUUCGAGGCGGAAGCUGUGUUCGUCAUCAGCAACCCUCCAAUCACCCGCAAAAUUGUUUACGAAUUUGAAUCUCAUGGAAUCCCGGCUUACGGGCCGAUUUUUGAUUCAUGA